AUGUCGUUUGCCGGUAGGACACUCAACAUUUUUGGCCGAUCUGCCACUCGUGUACGUUCUAAUGCUGUACAACGUUUACGUGCAGAGUUUGCAGAAGGACCAGGGAACGUAAGUAGUUCAUUCCCUCUCUUGCUUUUAUUUCAAAGGGAGCUAAAAUGUUAUCAUCAUAAAGGUGAAGGUGACAUGUAAUGGCCACGAUCCUUAGACUGCUGAUAUUGUAAACGACGUUACAGAUUACUCAGGCAGAACAAAGGUAGAUAGAAUAUAGCUAGUGUAUUUUUCAUAUAGUAUUGCUGAAUUCCCUCGAUUCGUAAACGCUGUGGUGGUAUUUUUGCACUUGUACUCCGCUAGAAACACACCGUUGCAUCAUGGUUUGGAAAAAGUUUUGAUGGUGUCUGAAAAAAAAAUUAACUAUUGCUGUACGCUUGAAAAGAAUUCAUAAAGUAAGAAAACACUUGGCUGGGCUCGAAAAUUUAAAUGAGAUAAGUCACCUUUUGGUGAAGUUAAUUUUUUAUCUCAGGUAGUUUUUAUUUUUCCUUUGGUUCAACUUCAUUAGCAUACAUUACCCAGGGGUAUCAAUAAAAAUAACUGAAGUAUCCAGCAGGUUUGAAUAGAGUAAUGGACUGUAUCAAAAGAGGGCCAUUAGUCGUUGGGGGGACUAAAUUGAAGACAAAAGAGCAGGUUUUUCAUUCAAGAAAAUGUAACUUUCAUCUAAUUUUUGAUUUAUCAGUCACAAUCAAUCCCUACAAGCAAUGAACAAGAGUGAUGAAAAGUAAAUUACGUACUUUUGCACGUUAACAAAUUCUGCGUAAACCUACAUGUACAAAGAAACUUGUGAAAAUUGACUGAAAUUUAGCGUUUACAUGACUAAAGCAUAACGUAAAACCAGUGCGCCUUUAUGUAAACACAUCAUACAUGUAAUUCAACCUCAUUCCCAGGGUUCUCUCCUACCCGCCCUAUGGAGCGAGAGAGAGAGAGACCCUGGAAAACGCUGGUCACGUGUCUCCAGAACAAAAUUAAUUCUGAGGGAGGAGUCCUUGGUCUCACAUUUUUUGUCUGGUUUAUUCGCAAUGUUCACGCAGUAAUCGCAACAGGUAAAUAGAUUUGCUAACCCUUCUACAACUAUAACUGAAACUAAGGGAAAUUUCUGCCUAAACAAAACUAUCAGAUAAACAAGUGAAAUACGGGAGAAGGAAUCAAAAACUAGCGUUGUCGCUUGUUUAACCGAUGACACCAAUCGCUAAAAAUCUACGAUCUUGGGUUAUACACAAGCAAAUUAAUUUUUUCAAGGUAUAAUCCCUGUAUGUUGAACUGUUAUAUUCAAAGUUUCAAUGUUUGUCUGACAGCGGCUAGUAAUCGGGCCAAAUAAACCUACACCAUUUGCGGUCUUAGCGGUUCAGCGUGACAAAAGCCCGGGACAAAACAUGGCAGUUACAUUGAGAGCAAGGAUUCAGUUGAUACAUUUACGAUCAAAGUAAUAUUUUAGAUCAAGUGACUUCAUGGAAAGCUAUAGCCUAAAAUGUCAGCAUUAUCCACCCCCUAACCUUUGUUAUGAUGCGGCAAUAGAAAAGUGGUAAAUAGAUCAAAGAUAAAAAUAAUUAUAUACCAACACAACAUGGAAGACAACAGGAAAUAGUAUAAACAGAGACAAAACAGACAACAUUACCUUCCAAGCGAAAAGCUGUCUUGUGUAUAGUCCAUAUGAAAACUUUAUUUUUAAAGGCACAUGUGGCUCAGUGAUUUCUAAAAAUCCUAUAAAGCAUACCUAAACACCCAGAAAAUUAAUAAGGAACAAUAAACGGUUGGCAGUUGUCCAAGAUGAGCCAUAUCACAGUUUUUAACAAAGAAGCCUACAGCUAUCCUAAUAAUUAUAAAUGACGACAAUAAUAAAAAAAUAAAAAAAGAGCCUCAGCUAAAAAUAUUUUUUUCAAGAUUCUCUUUACCUCUUUCCAAUUGAAGAAUAGCUAACAACUGGCCUGACUGUCCAGGCCACAUAUUCUCUCUUCCUGUUGCUUCGAGGUCUGUGAGAACAGCAACGCUUGAUACAUUUUUUCGUCGCCCUGCAUAACAUUUGUUUUCUAAACUGGCCUCCACAACAUAGAAACGGUAAUUUAAAUCUAGCGCGUUUCAGUAUGAAUACUACUACCAGGAUACCUAAAUUAAUUUUGACUGCAGAAACGGUGAAUCCUCCGCGAUUUCCAUUGCAUGUGCCAAAUGAAAGCAUCGCUGAUAAACAUCCGUUUAACAUUCAGAUAUUCUGCAGGGAGUUGCGCUUUCGCUGUCAAAGGAUUUUGUGUAUUAUUUGCGGCGUUCAAGAUCAGGUCAGGUACACAGUUUCAUGGCUGCACUGACCUGUCGACACUCUGUAAAGACAAAUCUCACACUUACCUGCCCCUCCCCCAAAUCGUUUGUUUGUAAAUCUCCCAGUUUCUGGGAGGCACAUGACCAGCGUUUUCCAGGGUCUCUCUCUCGCUCCGUAGGGCGGGUAGGAGAGAACCCUUGGAACGAGGUUGAUCAUAAAUACACUGUCAGAUUUUACAAUAUAUUUUUUGUUUACACAGUUGUUCAAACUAGUUCCUUCUUUCUAGAAUAAGGAGUAGCCGACGCGUUUCUUCGGCCAUUAGUGCUUAUUGAAACCCCUGGGCCCAGUUGUUUGAAGGCCAAUUAGUACUUAACCCGGGUUUCUCUUUCUUGUGUUCAAAAGCGUUUUCUCGGAUAAUUUUCUCUGUUAUAUUUAGAGCUUUCAAUCAUCAACUUGGAGACAAAAAGAAUUAAAAGUGAAAUGCUUUUUAAGCUUCCAAUUUUGAAUUCAAAUCUCGCACUAACCCUAGGUUAACUAAACCCGGCUUUGAACAACUCAGCCCUGAUUACGAUACCCCAAAACAAUAGAAAAACAAAAAUUACCCGAGAUAAAAAAUUCACUACAACACGUACAUGCUGAUCCAAAUUUUCUCAGUUACACACACAGUCCUGCGAUAUUCAAUAAAGCUGAUAUUCCAGAAAGACCUACCUUAACAGUCUUUGACAAAAAAGGUUGGGACACUUCCACGGAACGCUAUUAUUUUCCUUCUUGCUCCUCCGCUUUCUCUCCCAAUGUUGUUUAUCACAGUUAAGUUAGCAAAUCUUCUAGUCCAACAGUUGGUUGGCAGGAAGACAGUAAAGUGUCCUAACAAUUUUGACUGAGAUUGUAGCUUUCACCUGUAAAAUUAAACAUAUCAGAAGUCUCCCCGGCGUUUUACUUCUCCCCUCCAUUGAAUGUUUUCUUUUGCAGAUACUUUCUGUCAGUACUUUGUCAAAACUUUCAGCAUCGAAUAAACAGAGUAUUAUCCCCCUUAUGUUUGUCCUUACAUAAACAACAUAGCUGGGUAUAAUGUUAAUAUUUUUCAGAAAAUUGUAUUUAUAGCACAAAGAAGUUAGAUUUUGUGAGAUGAGAUUUCACAAUAAUGUAGACAAAGUCCAAGUAUAUUUAUGAUAUAAAAUGAUGUAACUGCAAGCAUUUUCGUGAACUAAAUAAGGUGAAAGAACGUGUGAUUUUGUAAUAGUCACUUAAUUUAGAUACAAUACAAUGGGAACUUUUACUGUAUGUGUGAUUAAGUAAGUCAAAAUACUACGUAAUGUAAGGAUAGACUAUCUUUACAUUAUGUAGUAUUUUGAUAUUAAUCACACAUACAGUAAGAGUUCCCAUUGUAUUGUGUGUACUUAGAAUGUGUUAGUUCUAUUUCUAGUUCUUGCCUUGAUCGAUGAAUUAUGUGUGAGAACUGUACAUUGCAAUAGAUUGUUGGAUUGGAUUAAAUCAUGUUGUUACAUCGUUAAGAUACAGUCCAUUUGAUUUGCUUGAACCAGCGAGCGGCGUUAUAAGAAUUCCCGCAACACACUGUAGUUGUCUUAUAAGGUACAUUUCCAUUUGCAGAAUAUGCCUUUCCAAACAAAGAACAAGCCAAGACUUCUGGCAACAAUGAUUCUGUAUCUAGGAACCAUGUUCACAUUGCCAUUUAUUGCUGUGAGAUUCCAGAUGGCCAAACAGAGUGGAAAGUAG